AUGCCCUUCACUCAGAAACACCCAAUCAUUCUACCCAAAUCCUCAGUUACAGCACUCAUAAUCGAGCAUGAACACCUCCUAAAUCUCCACUCCGGAACUCAAGCUACCUUAUAUGCCUUGAGGAGAUCUUACUGGCCUAUCGACGGCCGUAGUCAAGUUUGGAGCACGCUGAAGAAGUGCGUACGUUGCUGGCGAGCCAAUUCACCUCCAGUAGAGUACGUAAUGGGCGACCUUCCAGCUGCACGGAUAACGGAAUCUCGUCCAUUUACCAACGUCGGAAUCGAUUAUUGCGGACCGUUCUACAUCAAGGAACGAAAGGAUCGCAACCGACGAAAAAUCAAUGUAUAUGUAGCAAUCUUCGUAUGCCUUGCAGUUAAAGCAGUCCACCUCGAGCUGGUCACCGAUCUCACUAGCGAGGCCUUCAUUGCUGCUCUGCGAAGAUUCAUCGCUCGCCGAGGAUUCUGUGUAACAAUUUAUUCUGACAACGGCACCAACUUCGUUGGCGCCAACAAUGAAUUACGAGAGCUCCGAAACCUCCUGCAGUCCGACGAUCAUAAGCUGGCAACAUAUUCAAAGGGUCAAACAACAUUUCUGGCGCCGCUGGCAUCGAGAAUACCUGAACGAGCUGAACAUCCGAAAUAA